AUGAACGAAAUUUCACCUGGUUUGUGGAUCGGUUCCUAUCCUUUUAAAGAAGAUAUAUCGAAGCUUACACGUUCUGGAAUCAAAUCAGUGCUGACUCUAGAUAUCACUCCACUUCCAGAGUCGAUUUUUGGCUGCUUCAGUCUAAAGUUUAUCUUUCUACGCGAUGAACCGGGUCAAGACCUACUAUUUGUUUUGGAAGAUGCAUUAUCCUUCAUCGAGUCAUCGUUGAAGGCAGGUGGAAUACUAGUUCACUGGUACAAUGUCUCUAGUUAUCGGCGCAUUUUUAGUCGAGUUGGUGUAUCCAGAAGUGCUGCUAUUGUGAUUGCAUUCUUGAUGCGCAAGAAUCAGCUGUCCUACGACAGUGCCCUUGAACGAGUGGUUCAGAAGCGUUAUGUUUGCCCAAACAUAGGCUUCGUCAAUCAAUUGAAAUUGUUCGAAGUAAUGAACUAUACAGUAGAUACCAACUCUCCUGUUUAUCUGCAGUACGCUGCCUCUAGAAAAUUCCGAGGCCACCUUGCAGCGCAUGACAAUGGCAUUGCAUCUGAAAUCCAACAUCAAAGCCUUUCGGAAAAUAUCGCAGCUUAUCGGUGUAAGAAAUGCAGACGGGGAUUAUUCUCUUCUUCGGAUUUGGUUAAUCACUGCAUACCGGAACGAAUUACUCCAGCCAAAGCUGCACAAAGUCAACCUGCAGUGCGCGACGGUGACGUCUCGACUGUCCUCAUCAAGGGUAUCACAUUGAAUGAACCACGCAUUCCUUGUGAUCGCAAGGAACUUUUCACUGGUCUUCUUGAGUGGGCCACACCUUCCACACACGAAGUCGAGGGAAAG